CAAAAACGCUAUUAAACCUAGCCCUUAGAAACCCUCGAAGCUCCAAAACUUCUCGCGUUCGCGGCGGCGGCGUUCUCCUUCCGAUCUUCUCUCCAUUCCUCCAAAAUGAAGGUUCUUGCUGCUUAUUUGCUUGCUGUCUACGGCGGUAACAGUAACCCAUCCGCUGAUGAUCUGAAGGAAAUUCUAGCAUCAGUUGGAGCAGAUGCUGAAGUUGACAGGAUUAAACUCCUACUUUCUGAAGUGAAGGGCAAAGAUAUAACUGAACUUAUUGCUAUUGGGAGAGAGAAAUUUGCUUCUGUGCCAUCUGGUGGCGGUGGGGCAAUUGCAAUAGCUGCACCUGCUGGUGCGGGGGGUGGUGGUGGUGCUGCUGCCCCUGCUGCUGCCGAGCCCAAGAAGGAGGAGAAAGUAGAAGAGAAGGAGGAAUCUGAUGAGGACAUGGGCUUCAGCUUGUUUGAUUAAGCAUGCUAAUGUUAUGUUUUUGGAGGAUCGGCGUUCUCAGAAGAGUAGAGAGUUCUAUGUUUGCAUUUAUGUAGCAAAUCUUUUAGAUUAGAAGUUUAGUUUUGCUUCAUUAUUGGAACAAUCAGACUUUUUGUUCUUGCAAUGUGUGACAGAAUUUUACCUUGCUAUUUUUGAUUGAGGAUGCUAUUUUGUGACAAUUGGCUGUAUUUUAAGGUUUCUUUCAUUUCCUUAGCAAAAAUGUUACCAAACUUUUUUUGCUUGCUUAAA